AUGAAUAGAUUAGUACAACAAGGAGGUCAACAAUGGGGUGAAAAGUUGGUAUUUCACAGAAAAUUGAUGAAUGCAGAGAUGAAGAAGAACUUGCAACGUCUUGCUUAUUUGGCAGAGGAAAGACACGUUCAAUAUAAGAAGGAGUUCAUCGAGGAUCGUCGUCAGCGUAUAGCUGCCAACCACCAAAAGAUGGAGGCCGAGAAACAACAGAUCAAGAAGGAACUCGCCGAAAAGAAGAAAUCUCUCUUCCUCUUGGAUAUGGGUUUCGAGAAGGCACGUCAACAACAGGUCGAACAGAAAGCAGAGCGCAAACGUCUGGCCAAGCUGAAGCGUGAGAAGAUGGAGGCGAUCGAGACAAAGGCACGUCGUGAAUGGCUCGUCGAGAUGAACGAUAAGUGCAUGCUAUGGAAUCGUACACCCGAUGAAAUGCAAUACGCCAAGUACCGUUUGUUCAACAAGGCGAUCCUGACACGUCUGCCCAGAAAUCGUAAUCUCAUCUUGGAUCGUCACGCCGAGAUUGAAAACGCCGUCGAGCAAUUCGAUGACAACGGAAAGAAGAUCGACUACGAUGCUCUCCUCGAGACUCUCAAGGCAGAGUUGGCUGCCGAGGGUAAGGACGUCGGUCAGCUCAACAAGCUCUACGACCCGGCAUUGGUUGCCGCCAAGGAAGCUAAGCUCCGUGAAGAGGAGGAAGCAUUGUCGAUCAAGACCGAAAAAGAUAAAGAUAACGAAGACGAUGUCGACGAUGAACAAGAUUUGGCGGCAUUGGAAGAGAAUCUCGAGUUGGACGAAGAGUCAGAUGGAAAUGUUGAUAAAUUGGAAUUGCCUGCUGCUGCUUCAGAAGAAAAUAAUAGCGAAACAACUACUACAGCUACAACACCAACAACAGAAGAUAUUAAAUUAGAAUCAUUGAAUUUGGAGACAUUUGCUGCUGCUACCAGUGAACCAACAUCGAUUUCAGAUGAAUAUGACAUUGGUAAGGAUGUAAUUGAAAGAGAGAGCAGUGGAGUCACUGCAGUAGAGAGUGCACCAGAGAUCAACGAUAACGAGUUGGCCGAACUAGAAGCAGAGUUCUUGAAGCAAUUGGAAACCUUACCAACCAACAAGAUGAUCAACGUAUUGGAGAGUGAACUCAAGGAGAAAUUCACUGAUGCCAGAAAGCAAGAAGAAUUGGACAUUGUCAAGCAAAUGCUUCAAGAUAAGAAACCAUCAAACUUGGAUAGCAAGAUAGUUGAUAUCUCAAACAACAACAAUAAUAACAACAACAGUAACAACAAUAACUAA